AUGAUUGUCUCUGGUGGCAACGUGACCAUCAGGGAGUCUACGGCGUCCUCGCGUUAUCGUGGGUCUGGAGGCGCCAUCUAUGCAAUGAACGACAUGAUUGUCUCUGGUGGCAACGUGACCAUCAGGGAGUCUACGGCUGAAAGUGGAGGCUGCAUCUACACAUACGGCUCUUUCGAGCAGUCCAACGGCACCGUGAGCCUUCAGGGCUGCACAGCCAAGCACGAAGGAGGUGGCAUGUUGAGUGGCAACAUCACGAUCGAGGAUACGGCCAUGCUGACAAUCCGCGACUCCCAAGCGGAUAAAGGUGGAGGUGUCUUCGCAGACUGGAUCACCAACAAGGCCCAACAACUUCAAGUGUCCACCUGCUCCGCCAUGAGCAGCGGUGGCUGCUUUUACAUCAAAGAUGGGGCCGAGUUCACUGCCCCGCUCCUUCUCAGGGACUGUGACGCCAAAGGUACGGGUGGGGCCAUCUACGCCCAAAGAAAACUGGUGGCGCAGCAGAUCAAUUGCAGCCGCUGCAAUGCCCCGACUUCAGGGUUCCUGCAGCUCGAAUCUGGCUCGGCAAGCAUCGGAAGCCUGACGCUUCAAUCCAGCUCAAGUCUCCCCCCGGCAUCUUCGACUGUUGCCGCCGGAGCUAACGCGACCGUCACGCUUGGCACAGUGGACUGCCGCCAAGAGCCCGGCUGCGCAUUGGUUGUCUCGCGGAUGCAGCUGGCUCAGCUCCUGUGUCAUCGCGGAGAGAGCCUCCACACCUUGGCAGACGACGAUGGUGCGGCGUGCCGCGAAUGUCCAACAAAUGAGGUCCGCCUCGUUGCAUUCGACAAGGACCAGAAUGCCAGCUGCACACCCUGUCCCACGAUGGAAAAUAUCACCAUUUUCUGCACAUCUACGGAGAUGCUUCUGCCGCCCGGCUACAUGGUGGACUUCGAUCGCGACGUGGCCUCUAAUCUCUCCGCCUGGUAUCGGUGCCCCAAUGAGAUGGCCUGCCGCGGCGGCCACUUCAAUGCCAGCAGCGUCCCCGGCGAGCGUGCACAGGAGCUGGUUCCCAUGUGCCAAGAGGGCUAUGGUGGCCCUGGGUGCACGAUCUGCACUGAAGGCCACGCACGAGCAGAUGCGGACAUUCUGUCGUGCGUCCCCUGCGCCAACUGGACCACCUCACCAAAGCAGGUGGUGUGGUAUGUCAGCUUCUUCCUCUUGAAGAACCUGGCCCUCUUCGCCUCGGCGGUGGUAAGCGUGGAGGGCAGCGGGGGCAAGAGGGCCACCAGUGCCACGCUGCUGAAUCAGGCAAUGUCCUUCGCCGCUGUGGCCGGUGUGACCAUGUCCGGCGCCAUGCAAACGGGCACCUUCAAGAACGAUCUCGACCAUGCAGCACAGGUGGUUCUGCAGAUGUUGACAGUGCCGGCAUCCGUCGCACAAGGGCAAGGCUCCAGCGAUGCCGGCAGCAGCAGCAUGUCAGGCCAGUGUCUGCUUCAGCUGCUUAACGUGGACAGCAGCAUCCACCACGUGCACAUGCUGAUGUCCCUCUGGCCAGCGUUGCUUGUGGCAGGCCUGGCCGUGAUCAAGGGCGGCUGGCUUGCGGCCGUGGUUGGAAGCAACGUCUUCCUGCCAGCCUUCAUCGCCGGAUUUGGGAAGUACCUCGUGGCCUUCCGGCUCCGGCCCGAAUCGGAGAACGAGGCGCUGCAUUUGGACUUCCUUCCCCCGGGGCCGCAGAUGAGUUCCCAUGUUCCGCUUCGGAUCGCAGCAGUGCUGGGUGCCAUCGUUGGCUUCUCGGCCCUGAGCGUGUGCAGCUGGAUCUAUGCCGUGCCUUGGUCGCCGCUGGUCGCCCGAGAUGCACAUUCAGUCAGAACGCGAUCGCCGAAGGAGACGCGGCCGCACGUGGCCUAUCUGAUCCAGGCAUACCGACCGGAGUGCGCCAUUUGGGAGGUGGAGCGGCUGAUGCGUAAGGUGCUCUUGGCGCUGGUCGCCACCGUCCUGCCUGUCACCUUGUCACCCGCACUUCAGAUGGAAGCAGUGACUUUGGUUCUGAUCGCGUCCCUGGUGGCGCAUCUAUACUUCUGGCCGUACCAGGCAGAUGACUGGAACCGUGCAGAGAUCGGGCUUCUGAUCGUGAGUUUGACCAUCACUGGCAUGACCACUUGCCUCAUUGCCAACGACUUGCACUGGGCGAAGUCCGCCCUGACGCAGCGCCUCCUGGUCUUCCUGAUCUGCGCGAUUGCGGGAGGGAUCUGCAUCGUCAUGAUGGUCGCCUUCGCCAUGGCCUACCUGGCGGAGCGGCGCCAGAGGGCCGAGGCCAAGAAGGCGGAGGACGCGUCAGCCGCCAGGAAAGCUCGGGCGGGCUUCCCCGUGAACGCUGCCAACCUGCAGCAGACUUUGGACUACCUCACCCGGGCUGACCUCUCCGCAGCGGUCUUCGUUCAGACGCAGGAAGAUAAGACGACGCGAGUGCUGCGUCAAGUUGUCACCCCUGGGGCGCCCACCUACAUCUACGGCCACGAGCUGGGCAAGGACGUGUCAGCAGAAUUUAGUGAAGGCCGCCCUUACAUCGCUCUGCGUUUAAGGAUCGACGGCCUUCUUUUCGCCGAAAUUCGCCCAUUCCGCCGGGAGGUGCGCUUCCGUGAGGACGUCACACCAGAAGCGGUCGAGGCACUCCUGGCGGAUCGCGAAGGCGCCGCCUGGCCGGUUUUCGUCGACGGCACUCGUCGAUCCUUUAUCCAGGCCAACAAGUGGAAGUGGUUUCCAAAGCAGCGAAAAUGGAUGUCGCUACCAUCUGAGGUCAGGGACGAGCAUUUUCUGGAUCAGUGCUGCAGAGAUCUGUGUCAGAUGCUGAAGCUCCAGCAGGAUCCGCCCUUUGUUCGCGUGCGCCUGGACACCCGUGGCGCCCUGGAGCCACUCACCCUCUCCACGGCCAAGAACCUCGGGGUGCUCAAGCGGGAUGGCGUGCCUUCCCUGGUUGCCGCCGCCCUGCCCUUGGAGGCCCCGGCGUCUGCGCGGCGGCUGCUGAAACGCUGGCUUCUUGCACCUCGUUGCGAAGAGACCGUGCAUGCGAUGCGGCAGCUUCUCGCAGUGUUCCUAUCGAGCCAGGCGAUUUCGUUGCCGGCCCUGUCGCGGGUUCCGCCCGUGGCCAAGGUCAUCGCUUACAUCACCGCGCGAACGGCCUCUGAGCGCUUGUUCCGGGAUGUGGCAGAGAGCGCUGAGGGAAUACAAUCGAUCCUCGACGAGGAGAGGUACGGGCCGUUGUGGCCACCCGUUCUGAAGAUUGUCGCGGCGGACACCGGCUCCGCUUUCACACGUGAGGCCCUUCAGGAAGACCUUGCUGAUGUACGACAAGUCAUCCAAAGAUGGCUCCAUGAUCCCAGCACUCCCGACGAGCCCGGAGUGCAAUGCGAGGUUUCCGAGGAUGCUGAUACCCAGCGAGCAGUGGACCGUUACUUUGAGGCCAACGAGAAUUUCCGUGGUGUGGCCAGCCAAGAGCAGGAGCAUGUCUUUGACGCCUAUUCACGCCUGCAGCGGUGUCGGGCAGACCUUCUGGAAGCUCUCAAAAACGGCCUCCAUCCUGAGCAUCGAGAUGCCCUGGUGUACCAUCCUUUCGACAACGACCUUUGCUUCAAGCAGAAGCCGCCUGGGGAAAGCCGGGGUGCCAUUGAUCGCAAGGGCAAGGCAAAGAAGGACCGCUACACCACGCAGGAACUCCAGGCCGCUCACACAGCAUACCUGGCAGCCGCCAAGGCGGCAGAGAACGCGGUGCAGCAGGCCUUGCAGCUUCUCUGCGUGGAGCUGAGUAGCCACGUGGAGACUUUGCGGGGGACAAUCUGCGCAGCAGAGGUUCUCCUGCUUGCCUACAACCAUGCUGCGCACGCUGCAGGUCGCGGAUGGACGCUUCCGGAGAUCUCAGAUAACAGUCUUUCCUGUACCCUCUUCCCGUACUGGAUGCACCCCAGUGACGCCGUCUUUUCGCAUGUGGCCUUGGGGGCGCGUGGAGCGAUUGCUACAGGUCCGAACAUGUCCGGCAAGAGCACACUGAUGAGAGCCAUAGGCGCCUCGGCGCUUCUUUCAAGCUGCGGAUUUCUGGUGCCAUGCCUGCGCGGGGGCGCCAUACCAAGGUAUCGCCAAGUCAGCUUUGUCUCGGCAGAAGGCGACCGACCGGCAGAAGGAGUCAGUGCCUUUGGUCAGGAGGCGUUGGUUUCGGCCACGGUUCUACGGCGUGCCGGACCUCGGACAUUGGCACUGGUCGACGAGUUCGGCCGUGGUACCGAGCCCCGGGCUGCCAAGGCGGCCGUUUGUGCGCUCAUCGAGGAGCUGCUGGCACGGGAUUCGCAGUUUGUGGUGGCGACGCACCUGCACGAAAUCGCAGACGAGGACUUCAGUUUACCAGACCGGAAGCUGCGACCGGCUUCUUGGCGGAUGGGCGUCCGGCAGACGGCGGAUGGUGCGUUGCAGUGGACCUACAAGCUGGAGGAGGGUGUUUGUCGCGACUCCUUUGCCGGGGAGACUCUCCGUCACUUUGGCUGGGAAGAGGAAGCCCUUGGCCGAUUCUACCGACACAUGGGCCGAUACAUGGAACCCACAUCGAAGGAUCCGCAGCAGGCCUCUGGCCUGCAGCCUUCUGAAGGACUAGGAGAGGAGGCAGUGGCCUUGCCCACGGAGCUUUCAACAGAGAUUUCCAGCAUGAUGGCUGCUUUGGAUGACUCCGAGCCUCCGCUGCGUCUGGGCCCCACGGAUGCGCCCCCAGCAAAGCUCAGCGCAGGGAAGGCAGCGCUCUACGCGCAGCUCGGCUCCUUCUUCAAGGCGGCCGUGUCUACAUAG